UGAAUAGAGACUGAUUAUGGCUUAUCUAGAACGAUCUAUCACUGCAAAAGUAAGAAUUGUUAACUGUAUAAAAGCAAGCGUCAUAAACCUCACUCAUUUGAGCUCUGUUUUUCAGACCUUUGUCCUGGUGUUAAAAUUUCCGAGCAUUACUGUAAAAACAUAAUGCCAAAAGCCCUGCAGAUCUGGGUAACUUUCUGUAAAGCAGAAAGCAUGAAGUGAGCACGGAGAUGAAAAUCUACUGGUUUGUGGUCUAUAUUGCAACACAAGGAGGAACUGUUCUGCUGCUUGUGACCAAAAAAAAAGGGGUAGGGCUUGAUUCUAACUUGAUAAUCCUGUAUCGUGCUGUAUACGCAGAGGAAUGUAAUUCUGUUUUUACAAGUGACAUCUCAACGAGCACAGCAAAAGAAAGAGGAAAGGGAAAAAGGCCAGCAAAAAAAGAAAAAGAAAAAAAAGAAGAUGGAUUAGAGUGGCACUGGACAUUAGAGCACAUCGACUGAAGUACCUAUGCUUUUCCUUGCUGCCAUGGUUACUUCAAUCUGAAAACAUUGUCCAGUGUCCUGGAAUCACAUGAAGGCCAUUGGCAAAAAAGGCAUUCGUUAGCCAUAGAGACAGAGAGCACCAUGGCCUCCAACCAACACAGACCAAAAACCCGCUUGAGCCUCCGCUCAAGCACGACUGUACGUUAUGGCUCUAUGAGCUCUGAGCAACCAGAUGUGGACGCAUCCUCCGUGCAAACAACCUCCAUUUCUCUAAGACGCUCCUACAUCGCAGUGGCAGUGCUCUGCUAUAUCAAUCUCCUCAACUAUAUGGACCGUUAUACUAUUGCAGGUGUGCUGCUAAGCAUCCAGAAGUACUUCGAAAUCGCUGACAGCACUUCAGGUCUCCUACAGACAGUUUUUAUCUGUAGCUUUAUGUUCUUGGCGCCAGUUUUUGGUUACCUUGGAGAUCGCUAUGACAGGAAGCUUAUCAUGAUCGCUGGGUUGACUGUGUGGAUUGUCACAACACUGGGCAGCUCUUUCGUCAAAAAAUCGGACUUCUGGGUUCUGGUCUUUACGAGGGCCUUGGUUGGGACAGGAGAGGCCAGUUACUCCACCAUAGCUCCUACUAUCAUUGGUGACUUGUUCACUGGCAACCAGAGAACUCUCAUGAUCUCCUUCUUCUAUAUCUUCAUACCGGUCGGAAGUGGUCUAGGAUAUAUUAUGGGAGCAACUGUAGCUAAUGCAACAGGGGAUUGGCGUUGGGCCCUGAGGAUCAGUCCUGCUCUGGGAGGACUGGGUCUGUUGUUCCUGGUGUUUCUGAUUCCUAAUCCUCCUCGCGGAGCCUCUGAGACCCAAGGAGGAGCAAAAAUGGGAAACACCUCUUAUAUUGAGGACAUCAAGUACCUCCUGAAGAAUCGGAGUUUUGUCUGGUCGUCUUUUGGCGUGACUGCCAUGGCUUUUGUCACUGGGGCUCUGGCCUUCUGGACCCCUACCUUUCUGUCUCGUGCACAGGUUACACAGAGUCUCGAACCUUGCAAUGAAGAGCCCUGUAACCCUUUAGACAGUUACAUCUUUGGAGCAAUCACAGUAGUGACAGGGGUUGUGGGAGUGUUUCUGGGCACCUACAUAUCAAAGAAGCUGAGAGACAGAUUACCCAAUGCAGACCCUCUCAUAUGUGCCGUCGGCAUGCUCAGCUCCUCCCCCUGCUUUUUCAUUGCCAUCAUCCUGGCGGCCACCAGCAUCCCGGCCACAUAUACAUUCAUUGCUAUCGGAGAGACUUUGCUGUCCCUCAACUGGGCUAUUCUGGCGGACAUUCUGCUGUAUGUUGUCGUGCCUACUAGAAGAGCAACAGCUGAGGCUUUACAGAUUAUGGUCUGUCAUCUCCUUGGAGAUGCAGGAAGUCCAUACCUUAUUGGUGCGAUCUCAGAUGCUCUAAGAAACUAUAAGCCAGAGUCUCUCAGCUGGAAUUUCCGUAGACUGGAAUAUGGCUUUCUUCUGUGCCCCUUCAUUGGGGUCUUGGGAGGCUUGUUCUUCCUAAUGACCUCUCUGUAUAUCAAAGAGGACAGGAAAGCAGCAGAACUGCUCACUUCAGGACAGGCUCCUGCACCACCAGAGACAUCCACAGAGUCAGUGUGACCUUUUACACACCAACCCAAGACCUUGGAUGAGCUUUGCUACAUCAAGCAGACACUUGUAAAAGAAUAUGUGAAUGAAUGGAGAUGAGGCAUGGACAGAUUUUAGAAACUUUUAAAAGACAACGAGCAUAUGUUUUUAGAAACAUUGUAACAGAAUACGAGUAAAGAACAAGUUUACAUCACAAAAACAAUGGACUAGCAUCUUACUAAGAAAAAAAAAAUGCAUUAGGCUGCAUUUUUAUGUUUUAAACAUUUUGAAUUAGUCAUGACUCACCUAUGUGUGAGUGACUUACUGUGUUCUUCACAUAUUUUCCAUAUGGGAAAUUAAACUGCCUGCUAUGAUUUUUUAAAUAUAUUUUUCAUUUUUGUCCUGGGAGCUGUGUGCUACUGUGUGCUCCUGGACUAAACCUGAAAGCUUGAAAUACUGUCCCCUGGUUUCACAAACAAGGCUUAAGCUAGUCCUAGACUAAAAUGCAUGUUUGAGAUGUUUUAACUGAAAGCAACUUGUACUGACAUAUCUUAAAAUAUGUCGGUGCCAUUGUUUUGUCUCAAGAUGCACACCAGUAAUGCUAUUUUCUAGUGUAUAUUUAUAAAAGCUACUUAAAUAUCCUAAUUGAACUAAGGCCUAAUCCUGGCUUAGGCUAAGCCCUGUCUGUGAAACCGGGCCUGUAUGUUCUAAAUUAGUCCUCCGGUGCACUUACUGAGACUGGAAAUGUGUAGUAAAUUAAUAGGCCUUUUAAGUGUCAUUAUUUUAUUGUACUUUUUAUUUUUUGUAACGUUUGUCUUUUUUUUUUUAAUUUCUUUUUGUACAAAAAAACUUUUAAAUAAAUUUAUAUGCUUUUA